UAGUCACAACGGUACCGUCACAUGCACAGCUGAGAACAAUCAGACUAAGGAAGUAUCCAGGAGCACAGCACAACUGAAUGCAAAAUGUCCCCCACGUGAGGACUUGAGCAUGUCGCGAACCGUGGUUCCCGGGGAAACUCAUGACAUUUGUUUCACUGACAGCAUACGUUAUAGCCAAUCCACUACCUCAGUUUACUUGGUAUAAACAUUCGACUGAACCUGUGGCCAACGGAACAGAUAGUCUGAUUGAUUCCAGUGGCCUCAGUUCCACUUUGAGAGUACACAUAAAAAGUGAAGAGGACUUUACAAACUACAGUGUCGUUGUUGAGAACAACAUUGGCAACACUUCACUUUUCUUCAGACUGACAAAAGAAGUUGGUGGAGAAUCUUCAAAUGACCAACCAUUCAGCAUCAUCCCUGUAGCAGUUGGAGUCGGGGCAGCUGCCGUGGUGAUUUGGUUCAUUGCAAUAAGUGUCUGUCUUCACCGACGAGGCGUUCUGAAAUGUUCAGGUACUUCGAACAAAAAAGACUGUCCAGGGCCACAAGGCGAUGGUCCUCGUGCAGCGGACAAUGUCUACAUAGAAGGAAACGAUGGUGCGAAAUGUGGACGCGAUGAGGAUGGACUCAUGUACGUCGGAGUUGAAUUCGGUAAACAAGCUACGCCAACUGCUGCUCCAAAGCGCAUAGAGGACGACACUGAAUACGCGGGUAUUGCACAUGGUGUGGUCGGUCUUCUUCCGCAAGAUAAUGAUGAUAAAAAGGAGUAAAACUUUUGAGUCAUGAAUUU